AUGGUGGAAAGUGGAAUUGGUGGAAGUGAUGAAAGCUUCAUUUCAUUCUGCUUCGCCAUUGUGUCGGUUAUCGUAACCAUCGUGUACAUCCCUUGGGUGAUCAGACACGUGCGGAGUAUCAUUGAAUAUUAUACAACACCGAGUAAAAGGCAAAGGAUGAUGAACAACCCACUGGAAGAUAUGUGGAAAUCUAUCAUAUACGUGCCUCUUGUCGCAGCGAAGAUACUAACAGAACCCUCGAUGCUACCUGUGGGUGCCCGUAUCUGCAUCAAGGAGAAGCAUUUUUUCUUCACUUCUUUACUCCCUCGCUUCCUCCGCUUCAUCAUCCGGCCGAAGAUUUUUAUCCUCUGGCUUUGGGUUGUUCUAUUUUCUUCCGCAAUGUACGUCACAUUGACCUUCGAUGCCCAUGCCAUUCUUGGAGUGUCGACGACCGCCUCAACAGGAGAAAUUAAAAAGGCUUAUCGAAUGCUCUCGAGGCGGUAUCACCCCGAUCACAAUAAAACUGAGGAGGCGCGUUUGAUUUAUGUGCAAGUCCGUCGAGCAUACAAGGCUCUCGUGGACAGGGAAGCAUUCGAGGAGGAAGAGGCAAAAAACACUCACGAGUUCACUGUCGGGGUUGCUCUGCCGCGUUUUCUCACUUCCCGAGAACACGAUGGGCUUGUCCUAUUUGGUCUCCUUGGCAUUCUUGUCGCCGUUCCCGUAGCCAUAUGGUACAAUUUCAGGGAUCAAGGAGGUAUUUCACAACAACUGCGGCACAUUCAACGAGGAAGGGAGCGUUUAGAAAGUUUUCUGAAGCACUUGGGAAUUCCGGAGGAUCAAAAGUAUGUUGAACGGCGUGAUUCACGUCGUUACCUUGUCAGGUUACUGGUUUCUCUGGGUAUGCUGCCACCAAACACAGACGAAAACGCCUCGCUGAACCUUCCAUCAUACCCAGACUUCAUUACACGUUGUGUGGAGAUUGAUAAGAACAUUACCUUCCUAAGAAACUUCUUCGACGACAGCGACAUCGAAGUUCUCCAUGAAUAUUUGGUAAAAAACGGUGUCCGGCUGCUGGACGAGUACGACGCAGCCCAUUUGGGGCACCACCAAGGUGAAGGCACGUUACAGCUAGCGUCUCCCACGGAGUACAAAGUCAUUUCGUACUUCCUCUUUCUUCAUAUCGAAGAGAUCGACAAGGCACUAGAGGAAUUACUGGAGAAGGUCGGAAGUGGCGUUCCCAGCGCACGCAAACUUAUGAACCUCCAUGAGGAGGUGCGCGACCUGCUGCACUUGGUUUUUGAGGGAGACAAUAAGCAGGUGAAGAACCACAUUCAGAAACUCACAACAGUACCACAGCGGGCCAACGAUAUCGUGGAUGCCAUGGGACCCGAGAUCGAAGCGGUAUAUAAGAAAAUGUAUAAGAAUUACCUGCAAAUGCAGGUUGGGUCCAAGAAUGAAAAGCGACUUCUGAAAGCCAGCCUGCGCCGGCUCUAG